AAUUUUAAGAAAAACCUUUCAUGGCAUGUACAUGCCGGAAUAGUCUAUACUUUCAUAAAAAAUGAUCAAAUAUCUCAUUAAAAUUAAAAAUAACAUAACUAUAUUUUAAUAGUAGCUAUAGUUAACUACAACAGCGACAAAUAUAUGUGAAUAAUAAGCUUACAUUAAUAACUUUACCUAUUAACUAUAUCUUAUAUCAAUAACCCUUGUCAAUAAAAAGAAUAACUGAAGACAGAAAUAAAUAAUCAACGACAAGGUGCAACUUCACGACAAUUACAAAAAAAAAGCAACAGACAAUUAUUAACCAAUCAUACAACUUUAGAUAUCUAUAAGUCACUAAUAAAAAAAAAAUAUGAACUUUUUAAUUGUUAACUAAAAUAUAAGGUACAUAAACAAACCAACAAUAAAAAACAAAAAAAAAAAACAUAUUUAUGUAUAUCAAGUAUGCAAAUAAAUCAUAAAAACAAAAGAAAAAGAGCAGCAAGAUAACAGGAUAAAUUCACAACAAUGAUAAAACAAAAGCUACACCUUUUACUACAGUCUAAUUUACCAUUCUCAAUACAUUUCAGGCGUAAAAAGAAGAUAGUUUCUUCAGAUGUUGAAGAUAAUGAUGAACUUGAGGUUGAUGUUAUAUGUAGAGGAAGUUCUUCAGAUACACAUACUUCAGAGUCUACUGAAAACGAAGAGCAUGUUAAUGAUAAAACUAAAACUGUUGUUGUCAAAAGAAGCAAACGUGUAAAUAGAGGAAAACAGAAAGCAUCGCGGACCUGUCUUCCUGAAAAAGUUUUUCAUAAAAAGUUUAAAGAAGAAAUAUGCACCCACAAAGCUGUUCCUCUGCAAGAAGAAUAUUUGCAAUUUCAUCAGCCAACAGAUUGGAUUUUGGGUACCCAUAGUAAAAAAUUCCCAUACUUUCCUCAAAUUGGUGAUGAGGUAUAUUAUCUUCGCCAAGGUCAUAAACUAUAUGUUAAGCAAGUUAUUGAAUUAAAUGAGUAUGAAAUACAAGAUUUGCAUCAAGCUUAUUGUAGAUAUGAUUUAGCUCCAGCAGAACUGUGCAAGUUAGUUGGUAUUUCAUAUGAUGUUCAUCCUACAAAGUUGUGUUCUUUAAAACUAGAACUUGUUGGAAAGAAAAAAUCAUCAGGCAGAAAACAAACCAUAACUGUGAAGUUUCAUGAUAUGCCAAAUGUUGCAGACUUUUUGGUUUUAAAGCAUAUAUAUGAAGAGUCUUUGAUGCAUUACUGGAAAGAAGGAGACAGAUUCAGAUGUAUUAUUGAUGAUAAAUGGUAUUUUGGAAACAUCACAAAUGUUAGUCCUUUUGAAGAAGAUUUUCCAAACAGCAGUUUUCAAAGUUUAACUGUCAAAUGGGAUUCAGGUGAGAGUGAGUGGGUAAGCCCCUGGGAUCUAGAAAGAAUUCCUGAAGAUUGUGAUAUUGUAAAUGGUGAUCCAUUAACAGAAGAAGAUAAAGUUUUGUACAUGUAUAAACAUAACGAAACAGACUGGCCUUAUGAAAGCUUUGAAGAUCUGUUAUCUAGGGUUGGAAAAGGUCUUAAUGAUUUAAUGAAAUUGGAUUUUGCUUUUUCAUUUGUUAGUCCUGUUGAUACACUUAUGUAUCCAACUUACUGUAGUGUUGUAGCAUUUCCCACUGAUCUUCAAACAAUAAAAUCAAGAUUAGAAAAUCGGUUUUAUAGGCGAAUAGAUGCACUCUUGUGGGAGAUACGUCAAAUAAAAACUAAUGCUGUUGAAUUUAAUGAACAAGGCAGUGCUAUUAUUGUUGAUGCUACUUACUUGGUUGAACUGCUUUGCAAGUUUUGCAAAGACCCAAUCAUAACUGAUAUACGCUCUUUAUGUAAAAGUAUUCCACAUGUUAAUGAGACUAUGGAACAAAAUUUUGAAGAAUCAGAAGAUGAAAGAGAUGAAUAUGAUGCAUAUGAAAGUGAUGCUCCUUGUGCGUCAUCUGAACAAUCUGGGGUUUCUACGCAUGCAGAUGAGGACUGGAAACGUGAGGCAAAGACAUUACUGGAGUUUAUUGCUUUAAAGGAUGACGCAGCUCCAUUUAGGGAGCCUGUUGAUACAGAGCUUUUUCCGGAUUAUCUUAGUGUCAUACAUGAUCCGAUUGAUCUUUCUACUAUACGGCAAAGAUUAGAUUCCAAUCAGUAUGAUGAUGCCGAAUCUUUUAUUCGCGAUUUUCAACUUAUCUUCAAAAACUCGAAAACGUACACCACUGAUCGACGUUCUGCUAUUUAUAAAAUGACACUAAGGCUAUCGGCUUUGUUUGACGCUCGAUGUCAUGCUGUUAUUGACGCUUACACACGUUCUUAUGAAAAUAUUCACUUGACGCGUGGAAAAUCUAAAAAAGAAGCCAUUUGUAUAAAAAUAUCUGAUUCAUCAGAAGAUGAAUUACAUUCCUCUACAAGACCUAUAAAAAGCUAUAAAAAGAAUAUAUCUCCUAAAAGGAAUAAUCACAUUUCACUUGUCGAGUGUACUGGUAAAUCAUUAUCAAAAAGUGCAACAACAACACAAAAUGGAGUGUUGCGUGUUACAAAGUCUAUGAAUAGUUAUAUAAAUAUAGACUCAAGUGACUCUAGUUUAAGCUCAGAAGAAAACGUUAUACCUAAAAUAUCUAUAUCGAAACAACCACGUAAUUCUAAACGUAGAUCUUGCGUUAGAAAACGUUAUGGCUAUGACUCAGACGAAAAUUUGGAAUACCUUACUAAAAAAACUUCUCCUAAACCUUCAUUGAAACGUCGUCAAGUAGUCGAAAUAGAUAAAAAAACCAAACAAAAAACUUAAGUUGAAACAAAAUAAUAUAUUACAAAAACGUUCUUCGUGCAGAUCUAAAUCUGCUGUUAAUUACUGUGAAGAAGAAUUUGAUGUAUUUGAUCAAAUAUCAGAUAAAGAAACAAGAACUGAUUUAGUUGAUGAAAAACCAUUUACUGAAAGUAACGAAGAUUCUGAAGAAAGCUCAUUAAAAUGUUCUGCAGCCAUAAGUAGUCGCGGACGCAUACGUAGAGCUGCAAAGCGUUUUUGUAAAUAGUUUAAAUCUCUGCGUUUUUAAAUAUAAAACGAAAUAUUCGUUUUAUAUUUAAAAACGCAGAGAUUUAAAUAUAAAACGAAAAAUAUUGUAAUCUUUUUGUUUAGCUAUUUUAGGUUUUAUUUUUUUUUUAUAUUUUUGUAUAGAUUUUAUAACAAAUGUAAAAGCACAUGUUUCUAUAGCAAUAGCUUUUAAAAAGUGUGCAAUUUUUAAUAUUUUACAAUAUAAUUACAGUUUCAAAUAAAGUUGUUAAGUGCUGAAAG